CUGCCCACCAUCGAGCACAUACGUGGCCAUAAUUGCAGCAACUAACUACCGAUCGAUCGAGCCAUGAGGACGCAUCAACCGCGACUCGUGUAGCCUGGAAUUUAGUCGUUUGAGAAAGCAACAGAAAAAGGGACGAACACGUGAAAGAGAAAGUCGAACGGUUGUAUUUAUCGACGGACGACUUGUCGCGGACGAAGAAUCCACCGGAAAUAACGGUGACCUCGCGACAGGCAAAUGUCCUCGACGAGUUUUCGCGAGAGCUUGUCGUCGGGCUACUCACGAGAAACGACAGAAAAGAGAGUCUGUCGCUUAUCCGCUGCGUCAAUUUCACGAUAAAAUUCGUGCGAGCGAGCAAAUCUAGUCAAUCCGCGGUUAAUCCCUGGCUGUGUUUAUCCUAAAAAUCGUAAUAGUGUUUAGAGAUCUUGAAAUUGUAGUACGCGGGCGCAAGGAAGGAGCGAAGUCAACGGCAAGAGGCAACAAAGUCGAUUAUUAGUUAUACAGUCGAGUGAUAAAAUAGAAAAUAAAAGAAGAAGAAUAACGCGAGUAGCAAUUAGCUUCGCUACAUCCAAUCCACGUAUGAAUAUUCGUGUAUCCAUCGAUCAGAAUCGUACGCGCGCGUCGAGUUUCCGAUAAUAAUCCGUACGAUCGAGGCUCGAUAAAGAUCCCAGUUAUUUUCUCGUAAACGGCGUGCUCCCUGUGAUUUAUUGUGCGCGGUUGAUCGUCGAAACGUGUUUGGUACCGUCGAGAGAACGAACAAAAGUGCGUCGAGAAAAUGGCGUUCGCCGCGGCGAGAAUGAUCCUUAAGGAUAAGCGACGGAAGGCCAGCAAAGAGGACUUCGCGCCGCGAAACAGGAGCAAGGCCCGCAGCGCCAGUACAAGUAGCUUUAGAAGCCUGAGCCAGGCUCGCAACAAACCAGCGGACGGAGUCAGCCACGUGAACCAGAAGGGACCCGGGGGUCAAAAGGCGCCGCUAGCUUCCGGGCAGAAGGGCGCGCCUGGCACGAAGAACGUGGGGAAACAGGCUCAAAAACCAACCGCUCAGAAAGGUCAGGUGAAGGUCACGCCGAAGGCGGCUCCUAUCAAGACUGGGAAGAACAAAAAGAAGGGCCAGAGACAUCAGUAUGACCUCACCGUCACUAUCAAUCUGUCUGAGUAUGGACUCACGGAGGAUCAAGUGGCUGAAUUCAAGGAGGCGUUCAUGCUCUUCGACAAGGACGAAGACGGUACCAUCACGAUGGCGGAACUCGGCGUCGUUAUGCGAUCUUUGGGACAGAGGCCGUCGGAGACGGAAUUACGAGACAUGGUGAACGAGGUGGAUCAGAAUGGCAACGGUACCAUCGAGUUCAACGAGUUCCUGCAAAUGAUGUCGAAGAAGAUGAAAGGCGCAGACGGAGAGGACGAGUUACGCGAAGCAUUCCGAGUGUUCGACAAGAACAACGACGGCCUGAUCUCUUCGAAAGAGCUGCGACACGUGAUGACGAACCUCGGUGAGAAAUUGUCGGAGGAAGAAGUCGACGACAUGAUCAAGGAAGCGGAUCUGGAUGGUGAUGGAAUGGUGAAUUAUGAAGAAUUCGUGACAAUCCUGACGUCGAAGAAUUAGUUCGGUGGCGGUGGAUCGGAUGCGAAGCUACGAAGCUGCCGGAAGUCUUCGUCGAAGGUAGAGUCGAGAACGUGAGUUCCUUCGUGAAGUUAGAAGGCGAAUCGACGGUUCGUUCCCCACCGUUCAAGACACCGUCGAGGAAAUCGUGGUCGGAGAGACGCGAUAAAAUUGCACAAAAGUCGCUGGACCUUCGAACGUUCGAUCCUAAAAGCGAUGGUCGCGGUUCGACAUAGAGCUAUACGGCAAUGAAGAUUCGUUGGACCCUAAAAGGGUAAGUGGAAGAGGGUAAAUCGUGUCUCGAGUGGUGGGGCGACGGACGACUCGACCGGAAGUCCCCACGUAAGCGGCGGAUGAUCGCGAGAGGCGAUAGAAAGCGACUUCCGCAGUUGCACACGCAUACACGCAUGUACACCUCGCUCCUUCGAAUUAAUUUUACAAGUAUAAGCUAGCGAAACGACACUGUACGUGAAAAAAAAAAAAGAAAAAAUAACGAGUGAGGUACUCGCUCCCGAAACAAUCAACUGAGCUUUGUUUAGCGUUUACCUACAUACUUACCUACCUAUACUCUCUAUUAAUGCUAUACAACGUCGUUAUUAAUACUGUUAGGAACUAAACCAAUCCUUCGUCAUCUCUCACCGGUUUGUCAUUUGCGCGUCGUCCGGACGCGGAUCGCCAUCGACGGCCUAAAAUCUCUAUUUUAGGAUCGCGAAAACAGCACACGGGCGCGUAAACGCCCCAAGCGUUUUCGCGUUACAGAGUCGAGAAACACGUCGCGUGAUCGAUGAAGUGUUUUUUUCGCGUGUCUCGAUCCGCGGUGAGACGAUCGAGACUAUGCUCGUCGUUCCUCUUUCACUCCCGUCGAUCGAUCGGUAUUGUUCCUCCAGUUUCGUAGGGUUUCACGUCUCGAUGCGAGACGAAUACUUCCCGACAUUGUCUCAUUAACAUAUUCUGGUCGCGGGACAGCGACGCGAGAGAUAGCUCUAUAACGAUCUGUCUUCAAAUUUAGAUGAAUGUCGUUUGGCAAGUAGAUUAGUUCUAACGAUGAUAUACUCGUGGCAGAGUUUUUAGACGCAUGUUGUGGCGGCAUGCCAGCGCGGCCGCUGGAAAGCAAGAAUCAAAGUAACAGUAGCGGUUUUUUCCUUAAACGUACAACACCAGUUGUAGCUGACCUUUUUCCCCCCCCCCCCCCCCCCCCGGUAGUUUUAGUUCCCGAACGUUUUGUAUCCGAUAUAAGAGCCGCGAACUCUCGCGACUGCGUAACCCGCCCUUAUCGUUGUAGUCUAGAACGAAUUAAAUGGCCGCUCAGGGCCCGUUUCUCAGGGAUCGUUCCACGAACAGGGUGAAUUGGAAAUGAAAAUUGGCCUUGAACGAGCAAUUAAUUUUGCCCCCUAAUGCAGUCCCGACGCGAACAUAGAUUCUCACCUGUGUCUCAGCUCUCCCGAAAUACCGAACACCGUCCACCUAAAAGAACCUCGACAUACGAUCCUGACCCACAAGCCAACCGUACUACGUCGUGCACCCCUUAGGUCCUUAAGAUAAGAGAAGCCACAGCCGUAGGUCGCGAUAGAUGGUAGUUAAUUAGAGCAUAGAGGAAGUACACGUAAAUAAAUAAUGCAUUAUACACAUACCUAUUAUAUAUAACUAUACAUGGUGUUACUACCGAAAGAAUACUUGAAGUAAUGUUAUUAUGGAUAUUCAUAUAUAUAUAAAUAUAUAUACACAUACACAUGUGUAUAUAUAUAUAUAUAUAUAUUUAGUAUAUACUUAUACAUACAUACAUACGAACAUAUAUUAUAUAUACAUAUACACGUUAGCGACGUACGUCGGUGGUAUACUGGCAUUGAUAUUUUUAUGGUUUUAAAAAAAAAAAAAUAAUGCAACAACAAGAACAAGUAUUAGUGUCAGAGAGAGAAAGGGAGAGAGAGAACGCUAGAGCGAAAGUGUGAGAGUGAAUGAGAGACACGGAGGAGUGAAAGAAUGCGAGAAAGGGAAAGAGAGAAAGGGAGAGAGAGAAAGAGAGAGAGAGAGAUAGAAAAAAAAUUGGUUUGGCUGGUCGAAGCGCGGAAGAGAAGCGAGUGUGCAUAGCGUAUAAUAUUCUGGCGAGAGGGAAGGGGAAACGGGAUAUAAAAAAAAAACAAUAAGAUGAGCUCUUAAGCGCGUUAGAAUUCGAAUUGUCCUUUAUAAGGAGCGUCGACGGAUGGCACGCGAAUAUCACUAUUGUUAUCGUUGGUAAUAUCGGUCACACGAAGCGGUGAUUUCACAGACAUCCACACGUUCACACGCAAAUACACACAUACGUACACACAGAUACACACGUACAUGUAGAGAUAGAUGAUAAUUCUGUUUUUUAGUUUAGGAAACACGCAUAUACAUUGCGCUGUUCGGCUCGAACGAUAGGUAAGACACAAUGAGGGAUCGUCGCGGGCGAACCUCGAAACGCGAUCGAAAUAUCGGGAGAAGGUUACCUCAGGAAACACGACGUACUUACCUAACAAUUGCGAUCGUCUUUUUCGGCUGCCUCGCGCCCCUGGCUCACGGCGAAACAUGCAAUCGUUAAAACAAUACAACAAAUAUAGAUUCCCAUAAAAAAUUAUUUAAAAGUAGAAAAACAGUCGAAGCAAUUUUAAUAUUUUCGAGAAAUUUAACAAUGCUUCCGUUGAAAGAAACACCUCUCGUAUUUUAUUUUAUUUUUACAAAGAUGACUCUCGAGGACGUCUGAACGACUCUGAUUCGGAGUCUGGUCUUAAAACAAAAAUAGUAUUCUUGCAACGUCUUUGUUUGAACGUCGAUUCUUAUUCGUCGAACGUAAAUUUCGUUCGAUCGGCGAUAAAGUAUUACACGAACGAACUUACGGCCGUCCGUCAUUGGCGCGACGCUAAACCGGUUGCGCAACGUAUGUAAUUCGAAAAAGGCGCGGGGCUGUGCAACGUAUAAAAAAUUGAUAUCGGUGAAACGCGCGAAUGUUCAAGCAAAACUCAUUACACAAAACGCUUCGAUAGCUAAAAACAUAAAACGAGCUCGAUAAAUCGAUGCAAAAUAGUAAUGUAUAACGUCCCGAAGACAAUAUCUUUAACGAUUUUAUUACUGGAAUCUAAUCGAGAUUUACCUCGGGAGAAGGCCUACGUUUUGGCGCGUGUGUCCGACAAGAUAGAUCGUAGAAAGACUGUCGGCGAGGAAUAAGAGGAAGAUAACGAAACGAGACAUUUUACGAUGCAAGAUGUCACGAGAAAAGGUGCUGUUUAGCUUAGAUACCGUAAACUUUCUUUCUACGUAGUCUGUGUCCAUCUGCUUUUUCCCUCGUCCAAGUUAUCGCACUUUUCCGUUGGGAACACCUCUUUGCUGAUCAGUUUCUUCUUUUUUUCUACUCACGAUCGAAUCUUUUCGUUCGUUGCAUUUCACCACACUGUAACCACAACGUUUAUUGGAAGAUUGCGACGAACAGGCAAGGUUCAGUUGGAUAUUUACGACGUGCACGAAAUUUCACUGUACCCCCAUGAGUCUUUGGUUCGACGUUUAUCGUUAUUAAAGGGUAGAACUUAAUCGAUAAGAUUAUCGAGAAACGUUUAGAACACAAGUACAAGAUAUCGUCAAUACCUGUAUAUAUAUAUAUAAAAAAAUAUAUAUAUAUCUUUCCCAAAUAAAUCGUGAACAGGGUCGGAGUCCUCGUGCCACCGACGUAUCGAACGACUCAUUAAUCGGACACAAAUAGAACAACGUCUGCGAAUGUCCGCCGGAUGCAUUUCAGUUCGCAAUGCGACACUAAACGCACACUCGUCACGCGCGCUUGUAUUAGGUACCUUUUUCAUUGUUAUAGAUCACGUUGGAUCCACGAGGACUCCGAUCGCGGGAUGCACGUCUUUCGAAUCAAUUAUACGAGUACAUAUACUUGCCCCGUGGAGGGCUCGCGCGACAUUCUCCUUGGAUUCUCAAUACAGGGACUACCCUUUGGUUGACCCUUUCAGACCUUAAAUUGUUUCACUCUAUCCAAACUUAUUUGGCCCGUUACAUAUAUUGCUUGUCACCAAAUAAAAUUCGUGCAGUAUGUAUCAUAAUUAGGGGUGUGCGAGGUCUCGAAAAUAUCGAUUGAAAUUAACCAUUAUAUGCUCAACCUAUGCUAUUAUCAAGCAAAAUAUAGAAAAAUCCCUUUAAAUGCAAAUUCUAAAUAAAAUGUUAUAUAGUUAAUUACAUACCUGAUAUUUAUUUCUUAUAUUCUGAUUAUCGUUCAUUUAAACUCUUUGAAUUUUCUCGAUUGACAAGAUACUAUCGAGGACUCGUUUCGUUUCGAACGUCGAGAUCUCGAUAUUUUCGAGACCUCGCGCACCCCUAAUCGUAAUCCGAAGCCUCAUGGACGAUAUUUAAGAGCGAUGAUCAGAGGUGAAAUAGACAUUGUCGAAAGAAAAUUGUGCAAAAGGUCUGGAAGAGUCGAACCCCGAGGCUCCCAGCGCUGUCCCUGAAACGUGGUAACGAAAGAUUGCAUCGCGGUACAAAGAGUUUUUGUCACGAGGAACGGCGGGAGAAGGGACAGCCCUGCCCGACAAAGAGUUGUCGUUGAUCGACCCUACCGAAAAGUAUUUUUAUAGAAUACUCUUCAAACACAGAUACUACGAUACAUUGAAAUGCAUACGACAUCGCGUUAUAUUCUAUUCUAUAUAUUAUAUUAUAUUAUAUUACAUUAUAUUAUAUUUACGUCAUCGUAUACGGGCGCGUACAAAUUAUGAUAUCGUAAAUUAAUGUCCUACUCUGCUGGCAGAUUUCAUUGUAGUCGUUACACGUACCUAUCAGACGACGGAGCCAUUGAAUUGAUCACGUCCUUUAAGAAGCGUACGCAAGUCUUCCUUUCGAUCCGCGCUGUUCGAUGCUCGAGGACGACUAUAAGGAUUUAGUUUCGAGGCGUGUUCGCCGCGAACGUAUCGCUUGUUCUGCGCGCAUUAUUGUUUCCCCCCCCGAAUAGAGUUGCUCAAGAGUCGAUAAUUCCGUAAGUCUUUUGAUACCCGGUGUGCGUCGGAAACGGAUCGAUUCGCGGAUCCGUGGAUCGGGAACAGCGACGGCGAAGAAAAACGCACGGAGACCGCCGCGGCGCGCUCGACGUGGACGCAGCAGAUUCGGAUGUAUUUUUGUUUCCGCGUUUAUUUUUUCAGACGAGCCGCGAGUGUCUCCGUUCGUUCCGUUCGCGUCGAUCACUUUCGGUACGACGAUGGGAUAAACGAAGCGAGACGAUCGGAGGCGGUGGACGCGCGCUUGUUUCCGCGAUUCGAACCGUCAAUAUUUAGCUUGCGUCACGGAACGCAGACAAUCCGCGAGCGAAUCGACUACUCAUAUCGCAGAAUAUUUUCAAACCCGUGUCCGUAGUCGUACUCGACGAUACGCUUUGCUCGUGGCUUUGUAAGAACGAUCGCGAGGCCGGAGUCACGCCAAGAACGAUCGAGAGGAUCGCGU